AUUUUCCUUUUUGCAGUGAGGUGAGACGUUUAGAUACUCAAUUUUACUGGCAUGAUGAAGAUAUUCGUGAUGUGUCUGCUCGCCUGCGUUGUCGCGGCCGAGGACAAAGCACAUGGCAGCAGCAGUCAGGGUGACACGCGUUUUCUUGGAAGCUUCAUCGGCGGACUUGCAGCAGGCUUCCUGGGCAGACCCAACAGACCCAACAGACCUUUCAGGCCUCAUGUGAACGGGGGCUUCAAUUCGGGUUUCCAUCCGGGCUUUAAUAACGGUUUCAAUAACGGCUUAAAUAAUGGUUUCAAUAACGGCUUUAAUAACGGUUUCAAUAACGGGUUUCAUCCAGGCUUCAGUAACGGGGUUAAUCACGGUUUCAACAACGGCUUCAACACUGGUUUUCAUCCAGGCUUCCACGGCGGCGUCAAUCAAGGUUUUAACAAUGGCUUCAGCAGCGGCUCCCACCCAGGCUUCAACAACGGAAUCCACAGCGGCUUCGGUUCCGGCUGUAGGUUCUGCAGAGCUCCAGGAGGACAGGCCUACUGUUGCUAACCCGCCCAGAUGUCAGAAGGUGAAGGUAGUCCAGCGGUGAAGGCCUUCGCUUCGGACAACUGCUGCAUCGCCUUCUGUGUCGGGGAGCGUGUGUGCGCCGCCGGUAGAGUGGACGCUUUUCCUGUGUAUUGUACUGUAUGUAAUUUAUUAAAAUAUUAUGAGUUUUA